GAAUACUGAAUGAAGUUCUAACAAUUCGCCUCUGACGAACUCAGAAAAAACACUAUCUUUAUUGUUCAAUGGAAGUGAAAACUCUGUAUUCUUUGUCUACUUCUGAUUUCACCUCUCAUGAUGAGCAUCAUCAGUUUCCUUUUUCCGAUCGCCGCCGGCCGGAAUGCGACAUCUCUAUUUCAAAUGCCGCCAUGAAAGUCCAGAAGGUUUAUAGAAGUUAUCGUACUCGGCGCAUGUUAGCUGACUCUGCCGUGGUUGCUGAAGUUCUCUGGUGGCAAGCUAUAGAUUAUGCUAGAUUGAAUCACAGUACAGUUUCUUUCUUCAACUUCUUAAAGCCAGAAACCGUGUCUUCCCGGUGGAAUCGAAUAAGCUUAAAUGCUUCCAAGGUUGGUAAAGGUCUGUCCAAAGACGCCAAAGCUCAGAAAUUGGCUUUUCAACACUGGAUUGAGGCGAUUGACCCACGCCAUCGUUAUGGGCAUAAUUUGCAUAUUUAUUAUGAAGAAUGGUGUAAAACUGAAUCUGGUCAGCCCUUCUUCUUUUGGUUGGAUCUUGGAGAUGGCAAAAAGGUUGAUUUCGAAGAAUGUCCAAGAUCUAAGCUUCAGAAGCAAAUUAUCAAGUACCUUGGACCUCAAGAGAGAGAACAUUAUGAAUAUAUUGUUGCUGAAGGAAAAAUUGUGCAUGAGAAAACUGGAAAUGUUCUUGAUACAACUAAAGGGUUACCAGGGGCAAAGUGGAUUUUUGUGAUGAGCACGUCAAGAAGACUCUAUGCUGGUGAGAAAAAGAAAGGAUUGUUUCAUCAUUCCAGCUUUCUUGCUGGUGGAGCUACUUCAGCUGCUGGAAGACUAGUGGUAAUGGAUGGAAGAGUUGUGUCUAUUUCAGCAUAUAGUGGACAUUAUCGCCCAACAGAAGAUAGGCUUGACAGCUUUUUAUCAUUUCUUAAUGAAAAUGGGGUCAACCUGGAUGAAGUUGAGAUAAGAAAAUCAAAUGAAGACUAUGAAAGCUAUGGAGACAGAAAAUCUAUUGGAAGUGGCUAUACAUCUGAUUUUUCAGCUCUAUCAGAUUCUCCUUCUCUAGCUGAUUUUCCAAAGGAAGAGAAACCAGAUGUUCCCUUGAAAUCAGCCCAAAAUCUGGUAGCUCAAACGAGUAGCCAUAACCGAUCCCUCUCAGGCAGUCUUCAGAUCCCAAUAGCAGAGAUGUCAAGGACUCCAAUACUACGAAGGAUUCAUUCCGAGAAGUCUCCAAAGUCCUAUCAACUUCCCUUGGUGUGGUCAACAGGUGCUGGACCAAGAAUUGGCUGUUUUGCUGACUUCCCUGCUGAGAUUAGAUGGCAGGCUUUGGAACUGACUAACCUCUCACCUAGACCUUGUUCUGUAUGAUCAACUCCCAUGCCGGUUCGUACUCCUCAGCUCAUCACUCUCCACUUCUUGGCAAUGGCUCCAUAACUCUUCUAUAGCUAGUGUAAAUGCUUGUUCUGAAGAUUGCACAAUGUUCAUAACACGCAGCGGAAGACAGAAAAACAAUCCUGAAAAGUUUAAAUUUACUUUAAUAUAGGUUUCGAUACAAACCUGGUGACGAGAGUCGUAUUCCAAUAUAGUACUAAGACUGUGUAUCCACACCAAGAUCAAUCUGUUCUUCAUGUUCAUCCCCCUCCAAAUUUUCACUUUGCUGAUAUAAUAUCUCUUGUGUAGUAUAUAUCUAUAUAGAAUCUGCAAUUUUAGCUCUCUUCAUCCAGGCAAACAGAACUUGAUGUAUCAAAAUUUCUUAUCAAACCAAUAUCAUUUCUUUCU